AUGGCAUCCCCAAGGCUAGACAGCGAAACCCUCCCCAUCGUCACCAAGCACAUCACCCAGGACGUCAUCAACCAGUUCGAGGCCUGCGGGAUCCUCAACCGGGCCAACAUCCACAACGACCCUGAACUGGCGUCCAAGCGCCUCGGGACCACCUACGCCAUCGCCUCCGGCCGCAUGAGCAUCGCCUUCUGCACCGAGGCCAUGCGCAAGUUCAUCGGCGCCGAUCACUUCCAUCGUUCCGGCAACGUCAACCUGAAGUUCCUGCGCCCGGUGAAGCACGGCGACACCGUCAGCGUCCACGGCCAGGUUAACAGCCGCGAGGCGCAGGACGACGGUUCCACCCUGAUUACGGUGGACGUCUACUGCGAAAACCAGAACGGCGACAAGACCGCGGUCGGACAGGCCAGCGCCCGCGUGUAA